GAGGAGAGAGGACCGACACAUCUCCCACAUGUUCCCCAUGCUGCCCGAGCCUCGAUCCCGCACCUCCGUUCCCGUCUGAGGACCCCCAGCUCCGGCAGGAUGGAUUUCCUGGAGCGCGGCUACCUAGAAACGCGCUCUCCUUAUGAUUACACCUUCAAUUUCUGGAAUGAUUACCUGGGUCUAUCCACGCUGGUGGCCAAAACCAAGACGACCAGCCCGUCCUCCUGCAGCCCCAACUCUAUCACCGAGUCUCUGAAGGCGACCCUGGGCUUGGAGGACGAGUCCCCCGUGUGUUCGUGCGUGCUGGGCCCCGGCAGGGACGGGGACGGGGCCCCGGACUGCUGCUGCUGCUCCCCGGGCUCCUGCGCGGGCUGCGCGCCCCUCUCCAUCCACGACCUCCGGGAGCGCAUCUCCCUGCUCCGGCCCUACGAGCCCCGGCAGGGGGGGGACCAGCAGCCCGCCCUAUACGGGGGCGGCUUCCCCGCCCUGGACGUGCUGUCCGCGGACCGCUGCCGGCGCAAACAGACUCAGACCCGGGGCAAGCCGGAGCCCAAGGUGUGCGUGUUCUGCAGGAACAACGGCGCGCCGGAGGAGGUGUACGGCACCCACAUCCUGAAGACGGCGGACGGCAGGGUGCUGUGCCCCAUCCUGCGCGCCUACACCUGCCCCCUCUGCAGUGCCAACGGCGACAACGCGCACACCAUCAAGUACUGCCCCCUGUCCCGGGAGCAGCCCAGCCAGAGGCCGCCCAGGCCGGCCAGAGCCGUCGGGAAGCGGCUCAAGAUCUUCUGAGCGCCGAGCCGGACGCGCAGUCUACCCAUUACAGCCUGAUUUAUGGUCCCGCGUUACAUCGACGCAGAGCCUACGCCGUAGGGUACGGAGUACGGUGUCGUGC